AAAAAUCAUAUAAUGUCUAUAUAUAUAUAUACACACAAAUUUGAAGCGAAAAUACCAGCAAAACUUUUAGUUCUUUAUUUGUAAAACCAAAUGCAAUUCAGACCGACAAUAUGGAGACAUCAAUCUCUGAAGAACCUCAAACCCAACUUCAGAAUCUACAGCCUCGGUGUUGUCACUACACCGUCUCGUUUCCACUGUGCACACAACAUGUUCGACAAAAGUCCUGACCGAGUUCAAGAAAACCACACAAGCUUGCUCUUCGGUUACUCUCGCGACGGACGCACUCAAGAAGCGACGAGACUCUUCUUAACCAUCCACCGUUCCGGAACGGAGAUGGACUGCUCGAUCUUCUCCUCCGUGCUAAAGGUUUCCGCUACUCUAUGCGACGAGCUUCUCGGCAAACAGCUUCACACCCAAUGCGUAAAGUUCGGGUUUUUAGACGAUGUGAGCGUCGGCACGUCCCUAGUCGACACGUACAUGAAAGGCGGUAACGUUAAAGACGGAAGAAACGUUUUCAACGAGAUGAAAGAGAGGAACGUUGUUACUUGGACUACUUUGAUAAGCGGGUACGCGAGGAACGGGUCCAACGAGGAAGUCCUGAAGCUGUUUAUGAGAAUGUAUCAAGAAGGGACUGAGCCUAACUCGUUUACCUUUGCAGCUGCUCUCGGAGUUUUGGCUGGAGAAGGAGCGAGUGGGAGGAGGGGGUGUCAAGUGCACACGGUCGUGGUCAAGAACGGUUUAGACAAGACCGUUCCGGUUUCCAACUCUCUGAUUAAUCUGUAUCUCAAAUGCGGUGACAUUAGGAAAGCUAGAAUCUUGUUUGAUAAGACUGAAGCAAAGAGUGUGGUUACGUGGAACAGUAUGAUCUCGGGGUAUGCAGGGAACGGUCUUGAUUUAGAAGCGUUGAGAAUGUUUCACUCUAUGAGGCUUAGCCACGUCAGAUUAUCUGAAUCUAGCUUUGCUUCCGUUAUCAAGCUCUGCGCUAACCUCAAAGAGCUGAGGUUCGCGGAGCAGCUCCAUUGCAGCGUUGUCAAAUACGGGUUUUCGCUUGAUCAGAACAUAAGGACGGCUCUGAUGGUGGUUUAUAGUAAAUGCAGAGUGAUGUGUGAUGCUCUUAGGCUGUUCGAAGAGACGGGCUUCCACGGGAACGUUGUCACGUGGACGGCUAUGAUCAGUGGUUUCUUGCAGAACGAUGGGAGAGAGGAAGCUGUGGGGUUGUUUAAUGAGAUGAGGAGGAAAGGUGUUAGACCGAACGAGUUCACUUAUUCCGUAAUCCUCACUGCUCUUCCUGUGAUAUCUCCGGAAGAGGUUCAUCCACAAGUUUUAAAGACCAACUACGAGAGAUCCUCCACGGUUGGGACCGCUCUUCUAGACGCUUAUGUGAAGUUAGGCAAAGCAGAGGAGGCUGCGAAAGUUUUCAGCGGUAUUGAUGAUAAAGAUAUCGUCGCUUGGUCGGCGAUGCUUGCGGGAUAUGCUCAGACCGGAGAGGCGGAAGCAGCUGUAAAGAUGUUUAGCGAGCUCACAAAGGGAGGGAUGAAACCGAACGAGUUCACGUUAUCCAGCGUCCUCAACGUGUGUGCUGCCGCUUCAGCUUCUUCCGGACAGGGAAAGCAGUUCCACGGGUUUGCUAUAAAAUCAAGAGUGGAUCACUCUGUGUGUGUUAGCAGCGCUCUUGUAACCAUGUAUGCAAAGAAAGGCGACAUCGAGAGCGCGGAAGCGGUCUUUAAAAGGCAGGGAGAGUCGGAGAGAGAUCUAGUGUCGUGGAACUCGAUGAUCUCCGGGUAUGCACAGCACGGGGAAGCUACAAAGGCUCUCGAUGUUUUCCAGGAGAUGAAGAGGCGGAAGGUGAGAAUGGAUGGCGUAACGUUCAUAGGAGUGUUCGCUGCUUGUACACACGCAGGGCUAGUAGAAGAAGGGGAGAAGUAUUUCGAUAUAAUGGUGAAGGAAUGCAAGAUUGCACCUACGAAGGAGCAUAAUAGUUGUAUGGUCGAUCUAUACAGCCGAGCGGGGCUACUCGAGAAGGCUGUGGAGGUGAUAGAGAACAUGACGUACCCAGCUGGUUCGACCAUUUGGAGGACGAUUCUAGCUGCCUGCCGUGUGCACAAGAAAACAGAGCUUGGGAGGUUAGCUGCAAAGAAGAUCAUUGAUAUGAAACCCGAGGACUCAGCUGCGUAUGUGUUGCUGUCUAAUAUGUACGCAGAAUCAGGAGAUUGGCAGGAGAGAGCGAAAGUAAGGAAGCUGAUGGAGGAGAGGAAGGUGAAGAAAGAAGCUGGUUAUAGUUGGAUUGAGGUGAAGAACAAGACUCAUGCGUUCUUGGCGGGUGAUCGGUCUCAUCCUCUCAGAGAUGAGAUAUAUAAGAAGCUAGAGGGCUUAAGUAGACGGGUGAAGGAUUUAGGGUAUGAGCCGGAUACGAGCUAUGUGCUUCAAGAUGUUGAUGAUGAGCAUAAAGAAGCUGUUCUUGCUCAGCAUAGUGAGAGGUUAGCUAUUGCUUUUGGGUUGAUCGCUACGCCAAAGGGAAGUCGUCUUUUGAUCAUUAAGAACCUUAGGGUGUGUGGGGAUUGUCAUGCGGUUAUCAAAAUGAUAGCGAAGAUUGAAGAAAGAGAGAUUGUAGUUAGAGAUACAAAUCGGUUUCAUCACUUUAGUAGCGAUGGUGUUUGCUCAUGUGGGGACUUUUGGUGACAAUAAUAAAGAAACAAUUUUAUUUA